GUACAGAGAGUCAGUCAGAGAGUACGUGUCGCUGCCUGUCGCUUCUUGCGACACGCAGCGCAUUGCCGCGUUCUAUGCACAGCCAUUAAGUUGUCACGCGAAAAGCUGGAUUGUCAACGGCCGAUGAUUGUUGAUCGUAUUACAAUUAUUACAUCGUGUCGUGACAUGUAAGUUAACGUCCUGGAAAGUUUCGCCUUGAACGCAUAAAGGAGUAUUACGGAGACGGAGAUGGAGCACGUUGACGGCCCGAGCUAUUUCGAAACGAUUUGGGCCCCGAUAGCUUCUGUGGGUUGGUACAUCGUAGGACUCGGGAUCAUCGCCUUGUACACGUUUCCACAUAUUCAAGAAAAAUAUAAGAGUUGGAAAGUCGGGAGGAACCAGCGGGAUGCCGCACUCGGCAAGAAGACCGACGAAAUGCCGCAGAUGUCAGCCAACGUGGAACUGGCGCGACAGAAGAUGCAAGAAGCGUACAAUAAGAGUUCUGCCGUAGCACAAGUCAAAGAGGAAGAGGAGAAAGAGAAAAGGAGACAAAAGGUCUUGAAACUGUUGGAAAAUAAAAACGUAGGUGAAAAACUCGGUAGUGCAACCGACGAUGAAACUCCUAGUACGAGUACGAAAUCGAAGUCGUUCAAAUCAGAGUAUAAUCCCUUAAUGGGCGACAAUACUCGUGGAUAUCGUCCUCCAAAGCGGAGCUGUUGUAAAAAAGGUGGAUGUGGUUAAAACUGACUUUUAUAAAAUCUCAUAAGAAACAGGCAUUCCUACGAUUUAACGAUUGUCAUAAUAAAGAGGAAAGUAACGUUACGGAAUUGAAUAGACACUCUUGGAAAUUACGGUACUUAUAUGAUUUUUACAAGUUCUAAUUAUAAAAUUGUUAAAAAAAUUAUUGUAUAGGCGCAUUAUUGUUACAUCAGCAUUAACUCAUGACACAUAUAAUUUUUAAGCUAAUAGAGACUUCUAGAGAGAUAAAAUCGAUAUAAUUAUACAUAUAAUUCUUAAGCUUUAAUAAAGAUUAGAGAUUCCUAAGCUUUUAAUAAAGAUUAAUUCGAUUUUA